UUAUGAGGAGGCCAAGGUAGCUUUGGGGUAGAUUUGCACUCAGGGCCACCUGAGGGACUUGGCGGUAGCGCUCAGCUGUGUCCCCUCCCCUCUCAGGGACACGGUUGUCGUCUGGGAGUAGGGAACUCUGUGCGGAGGGGUGGGUUGUCGGGAGGACAUUUCUCUGGCUGCGCUUGAGGCAAGGUGUGGAGAAGCAGGGCUGGGGGUGGGGCUGGGUCGUCAGGGCGUCUGAGAGUGAAGACCCCCCCCGCCCCCCACCCCCCCACCGCCCGUCUACACUGGCUGACUGGACACUAAGAUGGCUGCCGUUGCCAUGGCACCCAACCCUGUGCAGACCCUUCAGGAGGAGGCGGUGUGCGCCAUCUGCCUCGAUUACUUCACGGACCCUGUGUCCAUCGGCUGCGGGCACAACUUCUGCCGAGUGUGUGUAACCCAACUGUGGGGAGGGGAGGAUGAAGAGGACAGGGAUGAGUUAGACCGGGAGGAAGAGGAGGAGGACGGAGAGGAGGAGGAAGUGGAGGCUGUGGGGGCCGGUGGGGGGUGGGACACCCCCAUGCGGGAUGAAGACUAUGAGGGCGACAUGGAGGAGGAAGUCGAGGAGGAAGAGGAGGGUGUGUUCUGGACCAGUGGUAUGGGCGGGUCCAACUGGGAAAACAUGGACUACGUGUGGGAGGAGGAGGACGAGGAGGAAGACCUGGACUACUACUUGGGGAACGUGGAGGGGGACCUGAGGGGGGAGGAUGAGGAGGAUGAAGAGGAAGUGCUGGAGGAGGACGAGGAAGAGGAGCUGGAUCCCGUCACCCCACUGCCCCCGCCUCCAGCCCCUCGGAGGUGCUUCACCUGCCCCCAGUGCCGCAAGAGCUUUCCCAGGCGGAGCUUCCGCCCCAACCUGCAGCUGGCCAACAUGGUCCAGGUGAUUCGGCAGAUGCACCCAACCCCUGGUCGAGGGAGCCGUGGGAACGAGCAGGGCAUUUGUCCCAAACACCAAGAAGCCCUGAAGCUCUUUUGCGAGGUGGAUGAAGAAGCUAUCUGUGUGGUGUGCCGAGAAUCCAGGAGCCACAAACAGCACAGCGUGGUGCCAUUGGAGGAGGUGGUGCAGGAGUACAAGGCCAAACUGCAGGGGCAUGUGGAACCACUGAGGAAGCACUUGGAGGCUGUGCAGAAGAUGAAGGCCAAGGAGGAGAGGCGGGUGACAGAGUUGAAGAGCCAGAUGAAGUCAGAGCUGGCAGCUGUGGCCUCAGAAUUUGGGCGGCUGACACGGUUUCUGGCCGAAGAGCAGGCAGGGCUAGAGCGGCGCCUCCGAGAGAUGCACGAAGCUCAGCUGGGGCGCGCGGGAGCAGCGGCCAGCCGCCUCUCCGAGCAGGCUGCCCAGCUGAGCCGCCUGCUGGCUGAGGCCCAGGAGCGGAGCCAGCAGGGGGGCCUGCGGCUGCUCCAGGACAUCAAGGAGACUUUCAAUAGGUGUGAAGAGGUACAGCUGCAGCCCCCGGAGGUCUGGUCCCCUGACCCGUGUCAACCCCAUAGCCAUGACUUCCUGACAGACGCCAUCGUGAGGAAAAUGAGCCGGAUGUUCUGUCAGGCUGCCCGAGUGGACCUGACGCUGGACCCUGACACGGCUCACCCGGCCCUGAUGCUGUCCCCUGACCGCCGGGGGGUCCGCCUGGCAGAGCGGCGGCAGGAGGUUGCUGACCAUUCCAAGCGCUUCUCUGCAGACUGCUGCGUGCUGGGGGCCCAGGGCUUCCGCUCUGGCCGGCACUACUGGGAGGUAGAGGUGGGCGGGCGGCGGGGCUGGGCAGUGGGUGCUGCCCGUGAAUCAACCCAUCAUAAGGAGAAGGUGGGCUCUGGGGGGUCCUCUGUGGGCAGCGGUGAUGCCAGCUCCUCCUCUCGCCAUCACCACCGCCGCCGCCGGCUCCACCUACCCCAGCAGCCCCUGCUCCAGCGGGAAGUGUGGUGUGUGGGCACCAAUGGCAAACGCUACCAGGCACAGAGCUCAACGGAGCAGACACUGCUGAGCCCAAGUGAGAAACCAAGGCGCUUUGGUGUGUACCUGGACUAUGAGGCCGGGCGCCUGGGCUUCUACAAUGCAGAGACUCUGGCUCACGUGCACACCUUUUCGGCUGCCUUCCUGGGCGAGCGUGUCUUCCCUUUCUUCCGGGUGCUCUCCAAGGGUACCCGUAUCAAGCUCUGCCCUUGAUCAACCUGCCACCCGCAGGGGCCCCUCUGGUUAGCACUGGGGGGGCGGGUGGUGGUGGAAAGCAGCCCAUAAGUUUGGGAGCUCAAAGGCUCCUCUGUUACUGCGUUGCUUCAUGCUCCUCCUUGACCCCAGGCCCCUGCUUCUCCCUCUAGGAGCCUAAUGAACUCCCCUAGCCUCCAGCUCAGUCUUCUCACCUACUCUUGUCUGUCCAGCAGGUCUGCAUGGGUCCCUGAUGAGAACAGCUGCCUGGUCUUCCCUCCCUCCCUCUGCCCAGGGAUCUGAGUUUUUGAGUAGGGGAUGAGGGGAGAUUGUAAUCUCAUUAUAAACGUCCCUUUCCCCAUCCCUGUUCAACUUUCAUGUCAGUUCUGAGACUGGAGGACUUGGGAAAGACUCAUGACAGCCCUCAUUCCAAUUCCAUUUUCUGAUGCAAAUUUUAGCUAAGGGAUUUGGAAGCUUUUUUGGGGGAGGCAGGCUGGGAAAAGGGUAGACCUGGAUAAUAAACAGUCUACUCUCUGGGGGAAGUAGGAAGGAUUCUAAUUUUCCUUCCAUCCCCAAUUUCUACCUCCAUGGACUGGCCAGAAUUUAGCUUCAGUGAGAGAUCUGGAAUAGUCGACAUGAUCGAAACUACAUAAAUCACAUCACCCAAUAAAUUAUUCCUUCCCCCCCUUCCUUUUUUUCAGCACUUAAUCUAGGAGCAAAGCUCCUCCCCUCCCCAAACCCUCAGGUCUUUUCACUGCCAGGCUCCUUUCCCUUUUGUUCAGUGGAGUUCCUUUUGUCAGGUUUCCAGCCUCUCUUCUUGUGCUUAGUUCCCUCCAUUUGGUGAGCCCUGGAGGGGAGCCUGGGGACAGGGAUUUGAAUCCCUGGGAGGAGGGCCUUGGGCAGAAUCUAUUUUUCUAGUAACCCUUUGCCUUCUGUCACUUAUCAGCUUUUGUCCUCUGCUUUGAUGGCUGAGGUCAAUUUAUGCUCCUGGGGGAAAGGGAAGAUGGGUUGUGUUG